UAAUUCACCACUUAUUUUGAGUUUGAGAGAGAAUUAAUUAAAAUGGCCAACAAAAUGCUAAAGCUCACAAUAAUUCUCUCUUUACUCAUCUCUCUAGCUUUGUUUGUUUCAUCAAAUGACGAUGACAUAAAUAAUCACAACAUGGAAGAAGAAGACGAUGACGAAGAACAAGAGUUAUAUGUUGUCGACACCCCAUUACAAAAUCAAAGAUCAAGAAGUAGAUUCUUGGCAACCAUAAUAAAGAAAGGAAGACAAUGUAAUCGUGAGACAAAUAAUAUAUGCAAUGGGGUUAGAGCAAACAAGGGAAAAGAUUUGCUUUUUUGUUGCAAGAAACAUUGUCGUAAUAUUUUGAGUGACAAGAACAAUUGUGGUGUGUGUGGUAACAAGUGCAAGCAAGGUGAAAAAUGUUGCAAUGGAGUUUGUACCAAUGUUAUGUCAAAUGUUCAUCAUUGUGGCAAGUGUAAGAGGGAGUGUUUAAAUGGUGAUCCGUGUGGUAAUGGAUUUUGUGGUUAUUGAAGUUAAUUAUUACAAGGUAUCGCCGAUCGUUGUACAAAACCGUUGGAUUUAGCGAGACAAAUUUUCUCUCUCUAGAUCUAACGAUUCAUCAAGGUCCGUGCAACGGUUGAGGCGAU